AUGGCGUCGCCGUUCUCGCUGCGCCCCUGGCCCAUAGGCGACAAGAAGCCCAAGAACCUCGGCGAGUUCAUCGCGCGCAUCAACACCGAGCGCGGCGGCUUCCGUAACGUGACCGAGGCCAAGCUACGCGACGAGAUCGCGGCGCAAGAGAAUGGCCAUGCCGAGGCCCGCAGCGCCGAGGACUCGGCUGACGACGACGACGGCGACGACGACGAAGACGACGACGAAGAUUCCGGCGCCGACAAGUCUACGAAUGCCGUUGCCGCGAGGGACGAGUUCUUGAGACAUAUAGAGUUCGCCCACCAAACUGCCAUGCUGAGCCUCGAUUUCGUCUCCCUCCUGCUCUCCAAGGAAACCCCGGUCCAAGCCGGAACGACCCUCUCGUCAGCGCUGCGAGACCUCGUCGGCAUCGGCACGCUGGGGGCGUCGAAGCUGAAGGAGUCGAACGUGACCGAUGCCCGAAGGCAGGACGACCUCGCCGUCGCCAAGGGGUGGAGGGUUAUGGGCAUUGACAACAUGGUGGAUUCCAUCGUGGCCUCGGCCGAGAAGUUGGAGAAGGAGAUGGAGCUGGAGACGAAGUACUGGGCCGAUGUGCUGAGCGUCAGCGAGAGCAACUGGGCCGUCUGCGCUCUUCCUCAGGAGCGGCAUACCCUCGGCGUCCGCUUCGGCUUCGCCGAAUCCGCGUCCGAGUUCAGGAAUAGCAGCAUCGCCCCCCUGAGGCGCAACGGCGACGGCACUGCUCGACUGGACCUCGGCCGCAUCGGCGGAGGCUCGCAGAGGAUACGCGUCACGGUGAAGAAGAACGGCGUGAUCGUGGACCAGUCCCCCCUGCCGGCGCGGUUGCCCGAGGACGCCCCCCUGAAGCACCGCGUGCUCGAGGCCAGGAACACCAUCUUCCACCAGGAGCUGUGGUACCAGCUCAACCGCGAGGCCCGCACCCUGCUGUCCUCCAACGUCUACUCGGACGCGUCCUGCAUCUCUUGGAAGCAGGGCCCCGAGACGGAGAUGAUCUUCACCCUGGAGGAUCUCGCCGAGCCGGACCGCGCGCACGAGCGGCUCUCCGACGUCGACUGCUCGUGCACCGCCUUCUACACCUACAUGCAGUUCCUCCUGUUCCAGGGCCACCAGCAGAACUACUACAAGCGCAGCACGAUACCGCACGUGCCGAGCAGCCGCGCGACCCCGCCCUACGCCAUCCUCCGCGCUCUCAUCGCCAACGCCGAGUACUUCCGCGACUACAAGGUCAUGUACGACUUCCUCGACGACCUGGUGGCGACGCUGCGGCGCGCCGGCGUCUCCACCGCCUCGUGCACGCUCGCGACCCAGCCGCUCGGCCCCAUGCUGCGCGGCCUGCCCACCCGCAACGCCAAGAUGGAGCUCAACCUCAUCAACUACCUCGCCGGCCGGCUCGAGUCCUCCUUCGAGCUGACCAUCACCCCGGCCGCCCGCAUCUUCAUCCGCGCCCGCAUCGUGCUUAACGUGUACACGGGGAUGGCCUUCGGCAUCUCGCUGACGCCCUUCCCGCCACCCACCGCCUCCGCUUCCCCCUCGUCCUCGUCCACCUCCCUUCCCCCCCCCGCCGCCCCCGUCGCCGACGGCGCAAAGAGAAACAGCAGCAGCAGCAGCAGCAACAGCAACAACAACAACCCCGCGCCGGCCAACGACGCGGCGGCGGCAGCCAAGGCGCGGGAGGAGGAGCGCCGGAAGAACCCGCUCGCGGCCGCGUACCCGCCCUUCGACCUGGUGCAGGACCCGUACCCGUACCCGAGCGUGGGCGAGGCCGUGUACUACGUGCGGCAGGCGGCGAUCCGGGCGGUGGCGCAGCACCUGGCGGAGACGGCGGGGCCGCGGCUGGGCCGCGGCGACGUGGAGCGCGCCGAGACGGUGCGGGGCCCCGGCGUGGCCGCGCGCGACGACGAGCGCGAGGCCCGCGUCGACCUCGUCGCCGGCCCCGCCGACGGCCGCCUCACCCUCGUCCUGGACGCCGCCGCGGCGCCCGGCCACCCGCAGCCGCUCUCGCUCCCGCCGGAGCCGUUCCUCCCCGCGCCCGCGCCCGCGGCUAAGACCCGCUGGACCUGGCGCGCCGACCGCGGCGACGACUCCGGCGACGGCGCCGUCGAGGCCCUCGUCCGCGUCCUGCAGGGCCCCCGCCCCUCCGCGCCGCUCUCCGCCUUCGGAGCCGCCGCCGCCGCCGGGUUGUAG